GCACCUCUACUCUACACUCCAAGUUAUCGAAAAAAUAUGUAUACAAUUAAAUGAAUAUACAAUAUGAGUUUUUGUUAAUAAGUCAGCAAUAUGAAUAAUUGCAUUCUCGAGGUGGAGUACGAAUAUGUUGUGUUAAAAAUAAACGGUUACGAUAUUAGCCACUUGCCAAGGUAUGAAGCGGUUCAAAAGUUCCUUCAAGCUAAAGAAACCCUAGUAGUUGAACUGUGCAGACAAAAGCACAAGGCAUUAGAUUUAGGAUUACGACAAGAUGCCAAGGAUAAACUAUCAGAUGGGGAGAAACCCAUUCCAAUCGCUUUACAAUCAGACACAAGCGAACCAGAUUCUUCUGCCUUAAUUGAAAAGCCAGCCGAAGCAGCGUCUGCAGCCACUGCAAGUGCCUCUCAACAAGGAAAUUUCCCUACGUCAAUAACUCCUGCUCCUCUGGAAGUACCCGCAACGAACAGUCCCGUCGUUUUGACUCUACGUGCUUUAAGCCAUGAAGAACGCUCGGGCAAUUUGGCCGCAUCGAAGGAAACACAAACUCAAACUUUCGACGACAGCGACGUUUUGAAGGACCACGACUUGGUUCAGACGAUAGCCGACCACUUCAUCGAGCAGGAACACCACUUGUUCGAGCAAUGCCUUGAACCGGAAAUCGAUAUUGAGGAAGUAACGCUUAUUAAAGCGGAUCAAAAUUCAAGCAACGAUCAAAUUGGCCUGAUUGUUUGCUCCUCUGGAUUUCAGUCGUCAAGUAUCGAAACGAAUAAAGGUGAUAUACUUUGCAAUGAUUCAGAGCACUGCGAGGAUGUGUUUAUCAGUGCUAUACAACCGGAAAGUAUAGCCCAUCGAGAUGGGCGCCUACGACAGGGUGAUCAAAUUCUUCGUAUUAACGGUAUGGAUGUCAAAAACCAGGAGGAGGUAGAAACCCAGAUAGCGGAGAGUAGCCCCGCGGUAACUCUUCUAGUUAGUCGAAUUCUAUACCCUGAAGACGAGGAUGACGAAGACAUUAAUUUUGAGUACGCAAAUACAUUUUUACCAGAUGACUACACAAAUGUAGUGGAUAAAUUGGAUAAGGUCUUAUUAAGUCACGUACAGUCGUUUGAAGAACUAUCCAAUGAAACCGGCGUGCAUUCAGACAAAUGUUAUAUUCCCUCGGAGGAACAGCAUUCGUCCGAUUCAAAAGAUAAAUCAUCUUCCUUACCGAAAGAAUUCAACGACCAAUCAAGCAAGUUGUGUAGUAAAAUAAAGCUUCGACCAGAUGCAAGUUUCGACCACCGAAAAACGUUAAACCAAUCAAUAGGCGAAAAUCAAGUUCACCUUCAAUAUGAGUACGACGAAAGUGAGCACAUUUACGAGACCAUUCCAGAAGAUUCAGAGUCUGAGCCACUAUACUGCUCCCCGUAUCAAAGUUCAAACGACAAGACGUCAUGUUCAUCGGCAAUACCAACGACCUCGUCUGAAGUAUUAGAAUCGACAAUGCAGCAACAAACUCAGCGAGUCGCCCAGUGGUUGGGUUUAAAGCCGCAAUAUCCCAGAACUAUUCACACUCUAGUUGGACGUCCCACGCCACUAAAAUUAAACCAACAGCCAACUUGCAGUCGUGUUUUCACCUUACGCAGCACAUUGACAAACACAAGCCGAUCCAGCAGUAGUGGAGUCGCUUACAGUGCUUAUGGACCAAAUAAUAUUCUUAGUGGAAACGUGGCUAUUGGCGAGGAGGUGGAUAACUCUUCAAGUGCGUACAAUACUGGUGGCUCAAACAAUAGCGCCUCACCUCAUCAAAAUAAUACAAAUGCUGAUGAAGAUAUCACGGCAAACCAGAAGGCAGAGAGCACGGUAAUUGAUGGACGAAGAGAAGCUUUGGACACAACAGCUGUAAGCAGUAUGCUGCUGUUACCAUUUGGCAAAUCCGGUCGAAUUGGUCUCUGUUCUUCCAAUCUGCCAACAGCGUAUGUCACGGAGAGGCAAAGCAAGGCUAACCACGAAAGUGAAUUUCAAGUUAAAAGCGAUCUGAAAGUAUUGGGAGUCAAACAAACUGAGGAAUCAUAUAGCCAUUGUCCACAGUUUAACGCGCCAAAUUUGAGUAGCUACCACUUUGUAAGUAGCCAAGAGGUUGCAAACCGAUGCCAUGAUUCCACGAGUUCAAAACCAAAUUCUGCGUUGCUUAACGGCGAAAAUGGUGAAGAAAUACCAAUGGUUUGGAAGGUUAAGCGUCGCCCAGAUGGAACGCGAUACAUUGUAAAACGUCCAGUUCGUAAUCGUCCCCAAGUUGCUAUUCGGAAAAAUAUGCGUUGUAACGACCUUACGACAACGGAGGACGAUACAGUAUCUGAAGUAAAAAUUGGUCGUUAUUGGACAAAGGAAGAACGGAAGCGACACAUUGAACGAGCUAGAGAGAGGCGACAUCAUCAGACGCAGCAGCAACAGCUUCAGUAACAUUUUCCUCUUAUAUAACUUAAGUAUUACAUAGCUUUAACUAAAGAUUUCGAAAUAUAAAAGUCUUUUCUAAAUUUUUGAGUCGCUAUCGCAAAAUUUUAAAACUUGCUUUGUUGUCAUGACUAGCGAAGCUUACAGAGAUUAUACGAUUUGCUGUCUUAGGGUAGGUCCACGCUAGUGUAUUAUUAAGAUUUGUAAAAAUGUCCUAAACAUGUGUGCUUAAUCAAAAUGUAGCUUUGAUAUUUUUUUUAGUUUCAAUAAAACUUGUCCAUGAUUUAAGUUUCGACGAUCUUUGGCAAUUCACAUGCAAAUUAUAAAUGUGACAUAUUGUCAACAUAUAUGUUUCGUUGUUAAUUGUUCCUAUAAUAGUUAUUUGUUAGAAUAAUCCCAUCCAUGCAUACAGUCUUCGUUAAUGCUGAUGAAUUAUGUACAGCAUAUAAAUACAUAUUACGUAAUUUUAGGCAAUAUUUUGUGUUAGCUAUAAAAUAAUAAUGGGAGUAUUUUCUAAGAUUUUAAGAAUAAUAUUGUUUAUUUAAAAUAAAAAGAACAAGUAACAUUUUGUUUAAAAUA